AUGUUUGGAGACUUUGGAGGUGUGUUUGGAGACUUAAGAGGUGUGUUUGGAGACUUUGGAGGUGUGUUUGGAGACUUUGGAGGUGUGUUUGGAGACUUUAGAGGUAUGUUUGGAGACUUUGGAGGUGUGUUUGGAGACUUAAGAGGUGUGUUUGGAGACUUUGGAGGUGUGUUUGGAGACUUUGGAGGUGUGUUUGGAGACUUUGGAGGUGUGUUUGGAGACUUUGGAGGUGUGUUUGGAGACUUUGGAGGUGUGUUUGGAGACUUUGGAGGUGUGUUUGAAGACUUAAGAGGUGUGUUUGGAGACUUUGGAGGUGUGUUUGGAGACUUUAGAGGUAUGUUUGGAGACUUUGGAGGUGUGUUUGGAGACUUAAGAGGUGUGUUUGGAGACUUUAGAGGUAUGUUUGGAGACUUUGGAGGUGUGUUUGGAGACUUUGAAGGUGUGUUUGGAGACUUUGGAGGUGUGUUUGGAGACUUUGGAGGUGUGUUUGGAGACUUUAGAGGUAUGUUUGGAGACUUUGGAGGUGUGUUUGGAGACUUAAGAGGUGUGUUUGGAGACUUUGGAGGUGUGUUUGGAGACUUUGGAGGUGUGUUUGGAGACUUUGGAGGUGUGUUUGGAGACUUUGGAGGUGUGUUUGGAGACUUUGAAGGUGUGUUUGGAAACUUUGAAGGUGUGUUUGGAGACUUUGGAGGUGUGUUUGGAGACUUUGGAGGUGUGUUUGGAGACUUUAGAGAUAUGUUUGGAGACUUUGGAGGUGUGUUUGGAGACUUAAGAGGUGUGUUUGGAGACUUUGGAGGUGUGUUUGGAGACUUUGGAGGUGUGUUUGGAGACUUUGGAGGUGUGUUUGGAGACUUUGGAGGUGUGUUUGGAGACUUUGGAGGUGUGUUUGGAGACUGGAGGUGUGUUUGGAGACUUUGGAGGUGUGUUUGGAGACUUUAG